AUGGAUCUACAUGGUCUUUGGGAUAAUGAAUGGUUGAACAAGAUUUUCAAAACCAGGGAGCAAUGGGCCAUUGCAUACAAACGGCACAUCUUUUGCGCCGACAUAAAAUCCGUGCAACUGCGUGGAAGUUUUAUACUUAAUCUAAAGAAAUACUUAAAGUCUGAUUCUGAUGUGCUUUCAUUCCUCAAGCAACUUGGGAAAAUGGUGAAUGAUUGCCACCACAAAGAGUUGGAAGCUAAUUAUGAUAUGUCCCAAAACAUGCCGAAACUAAUGGGGGAUGUGAUUCUCUUGAAGUAUGCAAGAGAUGCUUACACACCAAGGAUAUUCGAAUUGUUGCAGCAAGAAUACGAAACAUGUCUGAAUAUUGUUGUCAAUCAAUGCAUUGAGAAUGGUUCGCUGCUCGAGUAUAAAGUCAGCAUAUACGGCCAACCUAGAGAGUACACAGUCGCUCCCAAGCCAAUACAUCUUAAAGAGGUGGACAAGAGAGGCCAGAGUUUAGAGCUUGGUUGCUGUAUCUGA